AUGUUCGGCCGCGCCUCUCUCAUAGUGGGGCGGGGCUAUGUUGUUUAGUAGAAGGCAGAAAGUUAUACGAGGGCAGGCUACCAUUUAUAAUUGUUGGUGUUUCCCUACCAUGAUGUAACUGUAGCCAGUGAGAUGCCUACGACCUGAUGAUAACUUCAGUUUCUUAUCGCCGCUGAUUUAAUCAAGCCAAAUAGUAACACCAGAUUAACGACCUAAUUGCUUAUAGACACAAGCAUGUAUUAUUUCUGUUUAAGCACAUGACAUGGCUUGUUGGAUAUGAGAAAAAAAUCAAGAAAAUAAGUACUGCACAAAGGGGACAAAAGGGGCACCUAAUGUUAAUUGCGAAAUUUACAAAAAAUUUGAGGCGAGAAAAACAGCAUCAGGUUGCUCAACGCGUGCUGUUUCAGAUAUUGUUUUGCAGUUGAAUAUUGAGGACGUUUGAACGACAGUGCAAGAUCAUGGAUCUGAAAUCGGUUAUUUUGACAACCAGUGGCUCCGUGGGAUUUUUCAAGCUCGUGAACUGUGGACUGAAUAAUUUGCCAGCGCCAGAAAGUGCUCGCAGAAACGUGUGGAAAUGGAGAAACAUUUCCACCUCUUUGGUUCACAGCCUGAUCACAGGACUCUGGGCUGUGCUUUGCUUCUAUGUGCAUCCGCAGAUGGCGGAGGAUCUCAUCGCCACCCAUUCAGUUUUCUCGUACGCGCUGGUUUGUGUAUCAAUCGGAUACUUCAUCUAUGACUUCUUAGAUAUGGUCCAGAACCAGAAGCUCAGUCAGUCCUGGGAGCUCCUUUUCCACCAUGUGGUGGUGGUCACGUGCUUGGGCAUCGCGUGUGAAGACGGCAGUACGUGGGUUCGGCUGGUAGGCAGGCUGAGGGAGAUCAACUGGUGUUCCUGCACCUGGGUAGUGCUGCUAGGCGGAGCUGGGCGGAACGCCUACGGUGUGAACAGCCUGGUGAACCUGGGCACCUACGUGGUGUUCGAGAUCAGCACGCUGAGGGUGGAUGCGGUGCUGGCGAGGGUUUAG